UAUUUUUAGGAAGUGCGUGCCGGAAGAUACACACACGCACAAACCCACUGAGUGUGUGUGCGACUGACAGAGAUGGCUGAUGAUGUGCCUUGUUGUGGUACCGAGUUUUUUCUGUUUGUGAUGAUUAUCAUAGGGCUGGUGUUGUUUGCUGGGUUGAUGGCUGGUCUCACCCUCGGCCUCAUGUCUCUUGGCCUUGUGGACCUCGAGGUUAUCAGCAAAUCAGGCCGCCCUCAAGAUCGUAAACAUGCCUGUACUGUGUACUAUUAGUCUCUCUCUCUCUCUCCCCCCUUUACUUGAUGUUGGGAUUUUACAAAGUUGUUUUUGGUGGAUUUGGGUUUGUGGGGUUUUGCCUGUUUAUGGUUUCUUGUGUUGUUGUGGACUUGUUUCUCUAAGUCUGGAUUUCUUUUUUUAUGAUUUGAUCACUCACUUAGAAGAUGAAAGCUUUCUUGUGUUGGUUUAUUGAUCGGUUGGGAUUGUAAUUCUUGAGCUACAUUUGAUUUGAUGUUGCCCCUUCUUGAAAAUCUUGCUGAUUUGUAGUUUUUUUUCGUUCUAGCUAAAUCUUUGACUCCUAAAUUGAAUUAUUAUUUCAUUUGUUGCUAUUUCUCAGCUUGCUUAUUAUUUUGUGUCUGUGAGCUUUUUCUGUCUUGUUAUCAGGGUGUAAGUAUAGAUUUAUUUGCUUUACCGGAGAGUGGGGUGGAGUUACUUUACAUCAUUGAUGCCAAAAAUCAUCUAAAAUACUUCCAGUGGUGAAAAAUCAACACCUAUUGCUUUGCACACUCUUGAUUGGCAACUCUUUAGCAAUGGAGUCGCUUCCCAUAUUCUUGGACAAGCUUGUGCCUCCAUGGGCUGCGAUCCUGGUAUCGGUCACACUCAUCCUCAUGUUUGGCGAGAUAUUGCCUCAAGCAAUUUGUACGCGUUAUGGGUUAACCGUUGGAGCAACUGUGGCACCCUUUGUCCACCUUCUUCUUUGGGUAUUCUUCCCUAUUGCCUAUCCAAUUAGUAAGAUCCUCGAUUGGAUGUUGGGUAAGGGGCAUGCUGCUCUACUGCGUAGAGCUGAGCUGAAAACUUUUGUUGAUUUCCAUGGCAAUGAGGCUGGGAAAGGAGGGGAUUUGACACAUGAUGAGACGACAAUAAUUGCUGGGGCACUGGAAUUGACUGCGAAGACUGCCAAAGAUGCCAUGACAUCUAUAGCAAAGGCCUUCUCCAUUGAUCUCGAUGGAACUCUUAAUUUGGAGACAUUGAAUGCUAUAAUGACUAUGGGCCACAGUCGAGUUCCUGUGUACUAUAAAAACCAAAAUAAUAUCAUUGGGCUCAUCUUGGUUAAAAAUCUCCUUGCAGUUGACCCUGAUGAUUCGGUUCCUCUAAGGAAAAUGUUAAUCAGAAAAAUUCCUCGAGUCUCGGAAGACAUGCCCCUUUAUGAUAUUCUGAAUGAAUUCCAAAAGGGUCAUAGCCACAUCGCUGUCGUGUAUAGGGAUACAAAAGAUUCACUGCAGAAAAGCAAAGAAGACAAUCAGAAAUUUGCAACGAAAACCGCCACCCAUGAUGCUGACUCAGUCAUGAAUAAGUCUGAUGAUCAAGUUAAGAAAAGCCCUCCAUCGACUCCUGCUUUCAAGAAGAGACACAAAGGCUGUUCGUUUUGUAUAUUAGAUUUAGAAACCUCACCAAUCCCUGAGUUUCCACCCGAUCAAGAAGUAGUUGGUGUCAUCUCCAUGGAAGAUGUGAUUGAGGAGCUUCUUCAGGAGGAGAUACUUGACGAAACAGACGAGUAUGUAAACAUACACAAUAGGAUAAAGAUAAACAUGAAUGCUACUUCUCAGGAUUCGAACUCGAUUCAAUCUACAACUCCAGUUUGAAGCUGUCACCCGAUUAACACCUAGUAGAAGUGUAUAAGCUCAUAUAGUUGCCGAAGACAGCUUAUAUAAGUCUUAUAUAUGUUGAGAUCAACUAGGAAAAGGAGUGGAACUUGGUCUGAAUUAUAGGUGAUGUAGAUAAAUAGAGGCCUAGCCUAGCUGGAUACAAGUUGGAGUUGUUGGAUGUCUAAAAUCUGGCUGUGGCCUGCGAGCUUGCCUUGAAGCUCCCAUCAACAACCUGCAUUUUAAUUUAUAGUUUGGCUUAGGCUAUACUACAUGUAUGUAUGUAUGUAUGCGCGCUUAUGCAAAAUUUUGAAGGCGCGCAAAAUCUUGAAAAAAGUGCAACAUGCUCAUUCUGAAGGCGCGCUUAUGCAAAAUUUUGUGAUACACUCUUCUUCUUCUGACGCUGCUCGUGCUAUGUCGACCGUGGUUUCUAAAAGAUGGGGAGAUAUGCUUGACGACGAAGAUCAUUUUGAUGAGGAUGAUCCUCUAAAUAUGUUCUCUUAGUCUUGUUUGUUUUUCGGUUUCUCGUGGCUUCUCGCGGGUGCUUUCACUUGUUUUUGUUCUUUCUAUUUUCUUUUUAAUAAAAUUUCUAUUACAGCAGUA